AGACACCCGAGUAGGAGGGACAGUGGGCAGAGGUUGCCAAGCCCUGGCUGCCACUCGUCGGUUUCCUUGUGUUAGACAUGCAUAAUCUGUAUACCAGCGCUGGGUACCCGAACCCACCAGGGACCGUGGAGGAGGAGGAGGAUGAGGAGGAUGACUAUGAGAACAUGGUGCCUCCCUACAAGGACCUUCCACCCAAGCCAGGGACCAUGGAAGAGGAGGAGGAGGAGGAUGACUAUGAGAACUCAGCACCUCCCUACAAGGACCUUCCUCCCAAGCCAGGGACCAUGGAGGAAGAGGAGGAGGAGGAUGACUAUGAGAACUCAGCACCUCCCUACAAGGACCUUCCUCCCAAGCCAGGUUCAAUUGCUCCACCAAGACCUCCACGGGCAGAAAAGAAAACAGAGAAACCCCCACUUCCUUGCAAGCCCCGGAAGAUGACAGGACUGGACCUCAAUGCUGUCACCUGCACACCUCCUCAACUGGCUGUGGAUCUUGAGCCUUCUCCAUUGCAGCCACCCCUGGCCGCAGCUCCGGCACCCUGGCCCAGUCAGACAUCUGGAGGUCCUGGGUGUUGCCAGAAGAGGCUGAUAGUGUGCCUGUGUCUGCUGGUGGCUACUUCCCUGAUCCUGAGCUGCUUUGGUCUCAUUGUGACCCUGACUAAGUAUGAGGAGUUGGUGAAAGAACUGAGAAUGUUAAGCUUUCAGCAGAUGAUGUGGCGAGCAAAUGUGACUGGCAUGGCAGGGCUAGCUGGCCUGAAGCAUGACAUUGACCGUGUAAGAGCUGACACCAACCAGUCCCUGGUGGAACUUUGGGGCUUAUUAGACUGCUCCCGAGUUACCUGUCCUGAAGGUUGGCUCCCCUUUGAGAGCAAGUGUUACUACUUCUCCCCAACCACGAAGUCAUGGGACGGAGCCCGGAUGUUCUGCCAGGAGAAUUACUCACACUUGGUCAUCAUCAAUAGUUUUGCUGAGCACAAUUUUGUGGCCAAAGCUCACGGCUCUCCACGGGUGUACUGGCUGGGGCUGAAUGACAGGGAACAAGAAGGGAACUGGAGGUGGCUGGAUGGGUCUCCUGUGACAUUAAGCUUCUGGGAGCCAGAGGAACCCAAUAACAUCCAAGAAGAGGACUGCGCUAGCAUGAACAAAGAUGGCACCUGGAAUGAUCUCUCUUGCUACAAAACUACGUAUUGGAUUUGCGAGCGGAAGUGUUCCUGUUGAACCUCAGGGCCGAGGCUAGGGGUUCAUAUUCGAGUGUCCCUCACUCUUCAAGAUGAGAAUCUCCUGACCUUUCAUGGACAGCCUUGCCUCUUUAUGAAUGGACACAGGUGUGCCCCAGACAGGAUUGGCACCCUGGAUGCAGCAAGUUUCCAGGGAUGCAAGUCAGGCUGUUUCUGGAGUGAAGAUUUGGGUUUGCCCCAGUAGACAGUGAGCUGGGAGGACACUCAGGGCUUGGGGAUGGGAGGUCUCCCAGUUCUAGGAUUGAAAGGAUUGUCACCAAGUUCCUGAUCAUGACUCUUGAGAAGUGAUCCUAGCUCUGAGGACCCUGGGGCUGCUAUUGAACCUGGGAUGAAACAUCGUGGCACCUCUACUGGGACUGGGCUCCCUUUUCUGCAGCCUCAAACUUCUGGACUCAGGUGAUCCUCUCAUCUGAGCCUCCUGAGUUAGCUGGGACUAUACAUGUGCACCGCCAUGCCUGGCUAACUUUUUGUAGUGUUUAAAGAGAGGGAGUCUCACUAUGUUGCCCAGGCCAGUCUCAAACUCCUGGCCUCAACUGAUCCUCCUCCUUGGGCCUCCCAGAUUGUUAGGAUUACAGGUGUGAGCCACUGUGCCUGGCUCAAAAUUAUUAUUAUUUUUAUAGAGGUGAGGUCUCACUAUGUUGCCCAGGCUGGUCUCGAACUCCUGGGAUCAAACAAUCCUUCUGCCUCGGGCUUCCAAAGUGCUGGGAUUACAGGUAUGUGUCACUGCACCUGGCCAAUAUUUUUAUUUUUAUUUUACCUUCCCCGUCUUUUCCUUUUUUUUUUUUUUUUUUUUUUUUAACAAAAGCUUUGAAAGUGGUGACGGGCAGCAAAAUUUGCCUUUGAGCUAGACCUUUGGGUCUGCCUUGCACAUUAAGUGGGCUGGUCUCACAUCGUCUCCACCAUCAUUGCAAAUUACAAACCUAACAAUCACAGAACGUCAGUGGAGAAGACAGGAGAGCUUCCAUACCCACCCCAUGUCCUCCUCUCCAGACACUGCUUCUUUCCUCGUCUUAAACAACACAAGUAACCCAGAAGCCAUCAAAAAUUAUUUUCGACAAGCAACUUUCUCAAUGUCUUGGGUGAGGUGUGCACAAACUAAGUGGCAGAAUCAGACCUUUGCCAGAAGACUUGGCCCAUAAAACUUCUAUCCUGUUUUUUUUUUUUUGAGGUAGGAGCUCAUUCUGCCGCCCAGGCUGGGGUGCAGUGGUAAGAUCAUAGCUCACUGUAGUCUCCGCCUCCUGGGCUCCAGUGAUCCUCCUGUCUCAGCCUCCCAAGUAGCUGAGACCGCAGGUGUGCACCCUCAUACCUGGUUGGCCCUUGGAACUUCCAGAAAGGCAUACCAGCUGAAAAGCAAGACUUACAUAGUGUGGCCAGGCCAGGCCCUAACCAGGUCAGAUCCACACAGGACAACAAUGGACAUAUCUGCCAACAUGCGCCCUUGUGUCUGUGGGUUGUAACAUCUUUGAUGAUAUUAUUCACUUUACUGGCCAGGCAUGAUGGCUCAUGCCUGUAGUCACAGCACUUUGGGAGGCUGAGGUUGGCAGAUCACCUGGAGUCAGGAGUUCGAGACCAGCCUGGCCAAUAUGGUGAAACCCCGUCUUUAUUAAAAACACAUAAGAAAAGUAGCUGGGUAUGGUGGCUUGUGCCUGUAAUCCCAACUAUUUGGGAGGCUGGUGCAGGAGAAUUGCUUGAACUCAGGAGGGGAGGUGGAGGUUGCAGUGAGCCGAGAUUGUGCCCCUGUAUGCCAGCCUGGAUGACAGAGCGAGACUCCAUUUCAAAAAAAAAAAAAAAAUUCACUUUA